AUGGGAAAACACAGGUGGAUAACAAACUUCACUGCUCUUCGCUUUUUCUUGGGAGGGAUUGAAAUUUAUAUUAUUGCGCCGACAGCAUGGUACUACAUCAGAUCAAUGGGUCAAACCAAGUUUUUUUUGGCUUUAGUCUUCACCGCGUACAACGUGGGCGCCAUCAUUGCUGGACCUUUGUUUGGAUUCAUAACAGACCGAUUUGGAAAUCCCAGAUUUAUGUUUAUUUGCUGUUGUGCAAUGAAAGUCCUCGCUAGUAUGAUGUACAGUGUUAACAUUAGUGCAUAUUUCCCUCUGUUUGGAAGGCUUAUGACUGGGUUAAGUGGGGAUAUAGCAAUUCUUCUAGGACAAGUUGCCUUACAGACAGACGAAGAAAGUCGAGGGGCAAACUUUGUAUUCUUAGAAGGUGUAUAUUGUCUUGGCUCAGUUUUUGGUCCAGGAAUUGGAAGUUUUAUUUCAUUUAGUGUGAAUAUAUUUGGUUGGGAAAUAGAUGAUGGAAAUUCACCUGGAAUUGUUCUGGCCAUAAUAUAUCUUGUUUUUCUUAUUGCAUCGUUGUUUUUACCCAAAGAGACAUGGGUGGAGAACGGAAAUCGAAGUAAGGAAUCGACCUCAACAAUGAGUGAUCGCGAAGAUGAGAAAGAACUGAUUAAUCAUCAAGACCGUGAUCGAAAUGUUAUCGACUAUAGUUCCGACAACAAACCGAGUGUUUUGUUGGAAUCUAGAAUUUUUUGCUUAUUCUUUCUAAUAUUUACGAGCGAGAUAUUUUCAAGCACGGCUACUUUCUAUGCUCCUAUUCUGGCGUUGGAUCAUUUUCAUCUGCAAGUAAUUCACGUUAAGUUGCUGUUUUUGAAUUGUACCUUAUUUACACUGCUACUCUUUAUUUGCCUUCAUAUCGCUUCAAAAUAUAUUGACGAACGAAAACUUUUUGCACUUGCAUUAUUGUUGGAAAUAAUUGCCAUCUCGUUUCUCACAUCUUUGGCUAUCUCGUGGAAUCAAGUAGGCCUAACUAGUAACGUUCAAUACUAUAUUCUGCUUAUAUACGUUUGUCUGGGUAUGCCAUAUUUUGCAAAUCCCUUUGGAAAUUCCAUCCUUUCAAAGAUUGCUGGCCCUAAGAAUGCAACAUUUGUUCAAGGCUUAUCUCUAGCAACUGUACAUUCAGCCAUUGCAAUAUGUCGAGUAGUCGUCAGUUUUGCGUUUACGAAAACGAGUUUGAUAUGUUACUGUUUUGGCAUGGUUAUGCUCUGGUUGGCUGGUGCUAUAUGGUAUGUUGUGCUAUAUAAAAGAAUGGCUCCAAAUGUAUAA